AUGAAAAUUCUAUGUAAAAUCUUUAUCAGCUUAUCCAUUGCUUGAGCUUCAAAUGUUACAUUAUGCUUUCAAGAAUUAGCCCUGGUAUUUAAAAGUGCCCCAAAUUCCUUUGAAACUGAUCCUGACAGAUAUUCCAAAAUGUUCACAUAUACUGGAAAAAGUCUCAACGAUUUAGGAAGAUAUGAUGAUUGUGAAGCUUUAUCAGACACAAAAUACACUCUCAUAGAAAUCAUAAGGCACCCAUUUGUGGGUUAUUCAGUAUGUGGCCCUUCUAUAUGCUCAGAGGAGAACUAUAUAGAAAUCAUUAAUGAUGCAAUUAAUUCCUUUUUUAAUACAGACCCAAUAAAGCAGUCUUUAUUUUUGCCUGGGACUUUAAGAGAAACAAUAAAAAAUACUUCUGCAGUUAUUCACUUUCCUCACACAUAUGUUGAAAAGCAUUUUAAAAUCACAGCAGGGGCAACCUUUAUGAUUUUAUUUUGUGUUUUUAUUGGAUUAAUUGGAAUUACUGGGACAGCUAUUGAUAUCAUCCAAAGUGUUAAAGAAGAAGAAAAUGAGCUUGGGUCAGAAUACAGCGAACUAAGAGAUUUAAAUGAUAAAUCGCCAAUAAAUGUAAAAAGAAAAAAAUCAAGGAUAAGGGAAUUUUUAUUGAAUUUUUCAGCGAAAAGAAAUGCUAAAAUACUAAUGAAGGCAAAUGAUGACGAAAAUCUUAAAUUUUUUGAUUUUGUUAGAUGAGUUAGUGUAUGCUGACUGAUUGUAGCUACAGUGGCUUAUUAUUUUUUUAAUAAUUCAGUGCUUGCAAAUGUAAUGAAGCUUGAACAGCUGCUUGAUAAAGACGAAAAUAUAGUAUUUUUCUCAGGGCUGUAUUCUCUUGAUACGCUAUUUUGGAUUUCAGGGUUCACAUUUACUUUAUUUCUACUUUACUUCUGCGAAGGGGAUCAUAAAUAUUAUUUUAAAGCAAUUUUUUCUGAAUAUGCUCUUAAAGCACCAAUUUUUUUAUCAGCUACUUUAUUUUUUUGGUCAUUACAAAAAUACAUUGGACAAGGCCCUUUAUGAUACCAAGGAAAUGAAAUAAAUGAUGAAUGCAAUGAUUAUUGAUGGUCAAAUGCAAUUUAUGUGAAUAAUUUUGUGCCUGAUUUCAAAUUCACUCGGUGCUUGUCAAAUGGCUAUUAUUUGGCUUGUGAAAUGCAAUUUUUUAUCAUUACCCUUCCUAUUGUAUGAAUUUAUAAAAAAUCAUAUAAAAUCGCAUGGUUAUUUAUAAGUGUUUUAAGUGCAAUUGGAGUGACUUCUGCAGCAAUAAUUGCAUCACAUUACAAUCUUAAUGUCGUUGUUUUAGCAGAAAAUUAUCAUGAUUAUUUUGAUUAUUAUUUUUCAAAGCCAUAUUGCAGAGUCCCUUCUUAUGCUUUUGGGAUCGGUGGGGCUUUUAUUUAUUAUACAAAAUGCAAUUAUCAGAAAAGAGACAGGAUUGCUGAACAAAUAAUUAAAUAUUUUGAAAAUAGAUAUAUAAGAUGAGGAGCUGUGCUGUUUGGGCUAUUUUUAUGAACUUUUAUAAUUGAUAUACAAUAUUCUGCGUACAAAGAUGAUGAUUAUCAAUUUGAUAAUUGGACCCAAGGCCAAAAUGUAGCAUAUAUUGCUAGUUGUAAAGUGGUAAAUGCUACUGGAAUAAGCUUAAUGGGGUUGCCUUUGAUUUUAGGCCAUUUUACUUAUUUCAGGUAUCCAAUGUCGCUUCAAAUGUGGGCUCCUUUAGGUAAACUUACUUAUUGUGCCUAUUUAAUUCAUCUAAAUAUUAUACUUUGCAAGCAGUUAUGGCUCAAACUAGACUCCUUCACCUCAUUGACGUUUCAUUUUAAAUUGAAAAGGAAAAAGAAAAUGACAAGUUUAUCGUUAUGAAUAUGACGAGUCAAAUUAAUUUUACUGUUUAUCAAAACUGAAACUGCCAGAGGAGGGUAUGGCGAGGGAAGGGGGAAGUCAAGUUCAAUCUAUAACCGUCCUCACAUUAUAUUGAUAUUAUUAUGAAAAGCCAAAAAUCCUCUCUCUACUUACAGAAGCUAAAUAUUUACUGAUAUUCCAUUGCUCUUAUUGGAAUUGUUUAUAUUUUUGCAGUACCAUUUGCUUUAUUUGUAGAGAUUCCAUUAUAUAAUUUUCUAACUGUCCCCUUAGUUAGUGAGCAAAACUAUCUAUUUUUGGAAAAAAUUAACUUUCUUGAGUUCUAUGUAAAAAAUAUAUUUUUAUUCAUCGUAUAUACUGCAUUGGUAAAAUUUCAUUUAUUUAGUUUUAAAAUGUUAAAAAUUUUGACCUGUCAUAGCAUAUAAAAUUGAAUCUAUAAUUUUUUUUAACAUUUUAAAAAUCAUUUCACUUAUGAAAACAAAAAUAAACUUUUGCAAGGGAUUAUAAUUAGUAAUUGAAAUUAUUUCUCUAGUUAAUUGUAUAAUUGAAAUUAGUUAUUUUUGAUUUCAAAUAUUUUCCAGUUUUUAAAAAUCAUCGAGCAGAAAUAACUUUAAUUACUAACCAAGGGGGAGUAAGCUAUAAGCUCAAAAGCAAGCCUAUCAAAAAAAAACAAUCUAAAAAAGCCAACACAACUAAUCUUAAAAUUUUAGUCUUGGGAAAUUCUAAAGUAGGAAAAACUUCGCUUUUAAAUCAAUACAUAAAUAUUAUUUAUUAAACUAUAUUAAAUCUGAGCAUUUCAAUACUCAUAUCUUAUCAUAUUUAUAAAGAGCUCAUAAUUUUUUAUUAAACUUAAUCCAAUAUACUAUAAGAAAUUCGACCUAGAUCAAGAUGAAACAGAUUAUGCUGAAUUAUUUAUAAAAGAUGUAGUUUUAGAUGGUAAUUCUAUUUGCUUGAAUAUUUGGGAUAUCCCUGGCCACCAAAGAUAUUUAAGUUUUGAGCUUGCAUUUUAUAGAGACACAGACUGCUGUGUAAUUGUAUAUGAUAUAAAUUCUGAUAAAAGCUUUCAAGCCAUCAAAGACUGAAAAGAAGAGUUUUUAAAUGUCGCAAAACCUGAGUUUCCUGAGGAGUUUCCAUUUAUUAUUAUAGGAAAUAAAAUUGAUGUAGAGCAUAGAGAUGUAAGCUAUGAUGAUGCUCUUGAGUGGUGCAAGGGCGAUGGAGAAAUGAAUUUAUUUGAAGUCUCUGCUAAGGAAGCAACAAAUAUCGAAAAAGUGUUCCAAGUUAUAUCUGAAAAAGCUUUACAUCAUAUGGAAAAGCAACUAAAAACCUCUUUAAAUAGCAAUCAAUAA